GGCCGUCGAAAACAAUACAUUGUCAUUGACAGUGUGCAAUUUCUUGACAGGUAAUUGCACGCUGUCAAUGACGACGUGCAAUUACUGAACCGGAUGUGAUACGGGAUUAAUUGCUAUACACUCUCCUGUCGCUAAUACUGAACACAUCAUACGAUUAUACCGGUAAUGAAAUACAUCUGUUAUUUCUGGCCUUGUAUUUUAAUACCUAGGAUCUGUGUGGGUGGCUUCCACCAAUGAUAUCUAUUCACCCACUGUAAAUGAAGGUUUAUAAACAACAGCCAAAUAAAGUCAUAACAGGUCUACUAUUUUUAUCACAAAUUACACCUAUAAUGUGACUUCUUUGCUGACACAUCUCAGUCAAACAAAGUAUAGUGAAACAAAAUAUUGUGUGUGGAACUCCAGGAAUCAGAAGAUGAUGUAUCGAUCUACAUUGAAGGCCUCCAUGACAAUGAAUCAAUGCAACGUGGUGAUACUGAUUGUACUUAAUCUCAUAACAGUGGUGAGCCCAACUAUAUCUGAAAUUGUAGAGUCUUUUGAUGAUUGUGAGACAAAUGCAUGCAAUUCACUACUGCAUCACAACUUCAGUAACAAACCGAGUGUAAUUUUGCAUCUACUUCCCGGAACGCAAUAUGUGCCCCAACACAUUUCAAUCACUAACAUUGGUACCGUAGAAAUCGUUGGAAAUGAAACGAACCUACUAUUUGAAGAAUUAGGUGCUCUCGUCUUCAAAAAUAUCACCAAGUUAAUUAUGAGGAAUUUGAAACUACUAGAGCAAGUUGCAGUUGAUAUCACCAUGGUUAAGGAUAUACUGCUUGAAAAUUGUUAUGUGAAUGGAAAAGGAUUGAAGAGUGCGCUUUAUAUCGCCAAUGCUCACACGGUAUCCAUUGCCGACUGUCACUACACAACAUCUCGAGGUGGGGCUUUGUCGGUGAAGGAUGUAAUUCAUCUGUCGAUUAAAGAGAGCUCGUUCAAACACAAUAAAACUUCUAAUUUUGUACUGAAUGGGACAAUUGUUCUAGAAAAUAUUCAAACAGCCAUUAUAGAUAACUGUACUAUGAUCAACAACAGUGUUAACUGCCGUACAAAAGGUUGUAAAGGUGGAGCAAUUACAUCAAUCAACACACACCAACUACGAAUUUUGAACUCUAUAUUUAAAUGGAACACAGCAUAUGGUGUUAAUGCCGUUCAUGGCAUAGGUGGAGCUAUCUACUCCGAAGCAGAUCAACUAGAAAUAACCAACUGUCAGUUUGAAAAAAACAGUGCUAAUUUUGGUGGAUCUGUCUACAUUAGUCAAGGCUCUUUAAGCAGCUCCUUCAAUACAUAUAAACUGAACCAAGCUACAGGUGCUGGUGGAGCAAUUUACAUUCAAGGACACAUUUCCACAUCAAUGGAUCACUUCAACUCUAAUAGUGCAAACUAUGGGGGUGCAAUUUGGGCUCUUACCAGCAACGCUACCAGUUUUGACAACCAUUUCACAGAGAACAAUGCAUCGUAUAGUGGAGGGGCAUUUUUCUUUAGUCUUGCCAUGAAUGGAUUUUUUAAGAGCUCCCAGAAUCGGUUUAGUAAAAACAAAGCUAUUUCUGAAAGGGGAGGAGCUAUAUACAUGCUGUUAACUACAACUUCUGCUACAACCCAUUGCUUAGAGCAGCACCAACGCUGUACCGAUCUUGCUGGUAUUUAUCAAGGUGAAAAACUUUUUUCAGGCGUAGGCGUAUUCUCUAGCUUCAAUGAUACCUAUACGAUGAAUACAGCAAACAGAGGGAGUGGUGGGGCUAUCUAUGCUGUGACUAUCACUAGCUAUAUUAAAUCGGCUAGAUUUAUCAGAAAUCAAGCAUGGCAACAGGGUGCUGCAAUUUCUCACGUCGGAAACUCACUUGAAAGUAUUGAUACUGAGUUCUCUUACAACAAUGCUUGCGACAAUAGUACACUAUACAUCAAUUCCGCCACUCUUGUGAGCAAAGAUUGCAGAUUUGUUAGCAACAAUGGAUCACUCUUUGUUGUGAAUAGCGUCAUUGAAAUUGAUGGGGUUACUCUAUUUGCGAACAACCUUGGUAUUACAGGAGGGGCAAUAACGAGUAUCCAAAGUCUCAUUUCUUUUGUGGGUAGUGGAAAUGUAGCUAUCACAGGGAACAAGGCGGAGCACGGAGGAGGAAUAUCAUUGUUUGAAAGUCAAUUAAAUGUUUCAUGCUCAGUAAAUAUUUCAAAGAAUGUUGCAACACAUACUGGAGGGGGGAUUUAUGCAUAUCGAAGUUCUAUCUCAUUUCAGGCACGAAAAGAAGUUAUCUCAAUGGAACUCACCAAAAACACUGCUUUGUUUGGGGGCGGAUCCUAUCUCUUUGCUUCAACAAUAAAAAUAUUUCAAGACGAAUUUAUGUUAAUGAGUCGCUCAAGACUAAUCUAUUACAAUAAUAGUGCAGUGCUUGGAGGAGCACUGUACCUAGAUCAGACAUCAAAAAUAUAUUUCUACAGAGUGCUGUCUGCUCCUGAAAACAUUUUUGACAUAGAGUUUUGUCAGAACAUUGCAAACUAUGGAGGUGCUGUUUACAUAUCAGACGAUACAGCAUCGAGUCAGCUGUGUGAAAACACAAAGAAAAGAAAUUCUGACCACUCUGAAGCCGACUGCUUUAUUCAGAUACUUCAAUUAGGAACUGUUGCAGUAGAAAAUCCACCGAGCAAGCAGCAAUACCAGCAGCACGACUACACAAUCUCUUUAAAAGACAAUGUAGCAAAUGUGAAAGGGAGUGCAUUGUUUGGAGGAUUAUUUGACCGAUGUUCUUUGAACUAUAUUGCAGAAGACGUAACUACCACUACUGAACCAAAUUAUUACCAGGCAAUCUACAUGAUGACAUUCUGGGACAACAAAAAUCUGAGUAGCCUCAUAGCAUCAAAUCCUGCACAAGUGUGUUUCUGUACCAAUGUACUAAACAACACAUAUAACUGUACUACAACAAAAUUGAUUCUAUCGAUGAGAAGAGGUGAAACAUUUAAAGUUGGGAUAACAGCUAUUGAUCACAUUCAAACUCAACUCGCAGCAACAAUAGCAGCUACAUUUAGUUCAAAUGGUGGUGUCGGGGUAUUUAAGAACGGGCAGACACGUCAAACUAUUGAGAAAACCUGCACAGAAGUGGAGUACAAUGUUUACUCAAGAGAAACAGAGGUGCAGUUAGACAUCUAUGCUGAUGGCCCUUGCAGCAAUAAAGGGCUCUCAAAGAAGAUAUUAGAAGUGACAUUCCAGCCAUGUGAGUGCCCAAUCGGAUUUAAGCCAACAGAAACUAAAACUGAAUGUGUGUGCGACUGUGAUAAAGAAUUGUAUGGGAAUGUACACAACUGCUCCGUUGCUGAUGAGACUCUACUACUAUCAAUGAAUACCUGGAUUGGAUAUGUCAAUGAUACAAACAACAACACAGGAUUUAUCAUGCAGACUUGUCCAUACGAUUACUGCUUGGUGAGACCCAUCAACAUAUCGUUUACCGCUCCAAACGGUAUGGACAUGCAGUGUGCUUUUAAUCGAGCAAAUUUACUCUGUGGAGAAUGUGAAGAAGGGUUUAGUCUAGUUCUUGGCUCAUCAAGAUGUAUGAUAUGCACAAAUAAGUUUUUGUCGCUUAUGAUUCUAUUUGCUUUUCUUGGUGUACUGCUUGUAGUGUUCAUCUUGAUCCUGAACAUGACUGUUGCAGUGGGAGCAAUACACGGAUUGAUUUUUUACGCAAACUUCAUAGGGACCUCCCAAUCAAUUUUCUUUGCAAAUCACGAAACUGACGUUCUGAAAGUUUUUAUCUCAUGGCUGAAUCUUGACUUUGGUAUCGAGACAUGUUUCUACAAUGGAAUGGAUGCGUAUGCAAAGAUUCUAUUACAAUUGACAUUUCCAUCAUACUUAAUCCUGCUAACAAUCACAAUAAUCAUUUUAUGUGAACAUUCUCAACGUUUUGCGAGGCUUCUAGGUAGCAGAAAUCCAGUAGCAACUCUCUGCACACUUAUUCUAUUAUCUUACUCCAAACUGCUAAAUACAAUCAUUGGAGCCUUGCAGUUCACAUAUAUUCAUUACCCGAAUGGAACCUAUGAGACUGUUUGGUUGAACGAUGCCAAUGUUCUCUACUUUGAAACUAGUCACAUUCCCAGAUUUGUAGUAGCCUCUAUCGUUCUAUUACUUGGAGCGAUCUGUACCAUACUGUUAUUUUUUGGACAAUGGCUGCCGCGAUUUUCAAACUGGAGAAUAUUACGAUGGUCUAAACAUCCAAAAUACAAUGCGUUCAUUGAUGCAUACCAUGCUCCUUUCACUCCAAAGCAUCGCUAUUGGGUAGGACUGCUGUUGCUUGUUAGAAUUGUGUACAAUUUAGUAGUGUCACUCAAAGCUGAUGACUCAGUUGCUCUACUAUCGACAGCUGCUGCUGCACUGUUUCUCAUUCUACUAAAAAUGCUACAUACAAAGACAUAUAAAAAUUGGGCUGUGGACUUCAUAGAAAACACAUUUCUUAUCAACCUCAUAAUUUUAUCACUAGGUACAUUUUACAUCAGAGAGUCUAGCAACAAGGAAGUACCCCUCAUUGCUAUUUCAGUAGCGAUCACUUUCUUGGAAUUUUUAGCUAUUUUCUUCUAUCACUUGUACCAGCAUCUCCUUCGAGAGUCCAAGGUUUGGAAAAAACUGAAGGUGUUAGUACCUGUAAGAAGAGCUAAUCCCAACAUUAUUUUGGCCGAUUAUCAACUACCACAGAUACUGAGAGAGAGUGAUCAAGACGAUACAGAUGAGAGUGAUGAUGAACCAGAUCAAUGUCCUGACUAUACACAAACCGAAGAUAGUUCAGCCACAAAUUCAGUGAGCGAUCGCCGCUAUGACCCACCAAUCAUCCAGUCUGCUCUGAACUUGAGCGAGUUACGAUUUCCUUACAUGGACAUCCUAGACCCUGUAACCCCUGAGCACUACAAGGGUACCAUGAAGAAGAAAAAAAGUCCAACCACUCCUAAACCUGUAACAACCACUUUUGUACACGGACCAAGGCAAAACUAAAAACCAAUGUAUAUAUAUUAGUGAUACAAAGUUGAAGUGUAUAAUAAAGUUGUCUAAGCGAUACAAAGUUGAAGUGUCUGUAAACGAAGUAUGUAGUUAAUUAUUAUUACAUACUUCGUUUACAGACAAAUUAUUAACUACAUACUUCGUUUACAGACAAUUUUGUCUGCAUGUAAUCACAAUGAUGAUAAUGAUGGAGCCUGCAGGAUUGGUCAGGCACCAGAAACGUGGAAACAAUUAGAAAGCAGGAGAGUGUCGUCCAUCACAAAGUCAUGAACAUGCACACACGUACAGGCCAAUUUAACAAUGCAAAUGAUUUUCAUAUUUCGAAUAAAAGAAUUAGUGUUUCGCUGACACCAGUCCUCACGAUAUACCAUGCAUACAUAUAAUGAUCCAGUAACUAGACCUCUGAAUAUAGCUUGAAUAAAAUAAUGACUAUAAAUGUUCACGUCUUAGUUAAAACUUCCUAAUACAGUCAUCAUCAUUAAUAUUGCAGUGAUCCAGACAUAAGUAGAAAGUCCAAAAUUUCGUAUGUUUUCUCAGUAAGAUUGGAUUGACACACAGCUUUUUGGUACUUUCCCUGUUUAAAUAAAAAUAUUACUGAGGUCUUAUACUCCACAUUAUACACAUUUCAAAUGUUUUUCCAGUUGCGUGUAUGUAUGCAUACAUACUGCACACUCGGAGUGUACAGUAUUUAUGGUGUAUGUCAUAAUUAUGGAGGUAAUAAAUGCAAGCAGAAUAAUUGAGGGGCACAGUGCUCAAAUAGUAUCAACCACAAUCACAGGCCCUCAGCUAUAGAGCCACUUUUACUAAAUAUGCAUAGAUCUACAUGCAUAGGAAGUUAACACCCCUAAUGUGCAUUUUUCUGGCUUAACAUUGAUCCUCAGGAUGAAGGGAUAUGAGCAUAGAUCUAUGCUGUGAGGCAAUGUAAUUUCUACUUAGAAUGUACACUGCCUACAGCAUCCUAUUGGUAAGUUGUUUUUUAUGAGUGUAACUGCACAUGUAUACAUACAGAGCAUGUAUAUCCAUGUAACGAUAAAAUAGUAAAGAUAUGCUGUAUUUUAAGUAUGUAAAAGCAAUUUGUCUCAUCGUAAUAAAUUUGAGUUGUUGAUUUUUUUUUUGAAAAUUGGGUAUACCGGGGGAGGGGGCAGAAGUAAUCUCAAAAAUAAGUGAUUUUAGAGGAAUAUCUAUGUGUUAAAACAGUUGCCAGUGGCCUCUGUAAGUCGGUCUCAGCACUCGUAAGCACCGACAAAACAGGGUUCUCUUAAAGAAGAGAAAUUGCUGUAAAAUUCUGUUGCCUUGGGAACACGGAGAGGCUGGAACCACUUAAACUUGUUUAACCGAAACUUCUAGCUGGCUACUAUAUCUAGUUUUGGUGUCUGUAAACUUUAAAGAGGUGAUUAAAUUUUCAUGGUCUUACCUAGAGGCUAGCACAAGAGCACUGAUUGAUAUUAUCUCUGCUUCUGAGCACUACGCUAGAAGUAUUCUGCACAAGUGUUUUAAAAAGCCACUAUCAGUGCUAAGUGGUUCCAGUUUCCUCUAUGUCGUGAAAUGUACGUUCAUUUCAUAAGGGUUCCAGUUUCCUCUAUGUCGUGAAAUGUACAUUCAUUUCCAUAAGAGAGCAGUAACUACUUUUUGCUGUUGUACAAGUGAUGGUUGAUGCUUAUUGUUGUAUAAAAAAAGAACUCCAAGUAACACAGUUGUGUGAAGCAAUAGCGUGUAAGUGUCAGCAACACCCUCCUCACAUAACAAAAAAAAAAUUCACUACAUGCAUGGCACAGUUGUAUUCCGUAUCUCCAGGAGCAUGUAUUGACAGUUGUAUUCCGUAUCUCCAGGAGCAUGUAUUGGACAUUUGAGAUUGUACAUGUAUCAAAUUCCUUGAAGGUAUCUAUCUGAUAUCUGGUGGCAUCUAACAUACUGUGUGGAGUGUGGGUGUGAUGUAUGCACCAUCUAUAAAAGGGCUAUACUCUGGCUAUAUCAAUAUAGCUGAAUCUGAGUUUACUUAGUUCUGAAGGACCAAAAUUGACUGACUGCCUUUAGCAUGCUGCUUAUGGUGAGUGCUAUUCUCGUUCUGGGACUGCAUUCAGUGGCAGCUGCACCAGGUGUACCUACGUUCGUACAAACACUAAGCAAUGUUGAAGUUGCUGAGGGAAUGUCUGCUACUUUUGUGUGUGAAGCCAGGUCCUCAGGAAACACAGCUGUUACAAUAUGUUGGUUCAAAGUAGCUCUGAACAGUUCUACUCAGAUUGCAAUUGACAGCACUGAUUCAAGACUGUUCACUAUCCAACAACAAAAUAAAAAGGUUUUAAGUACCUUCACUUUGAACAAUGUGUCCGUGUCGGAUGCUACCACAUAUCUUUGUAAUGCCAAGACAGAUACUGAAACUAUUACAAGUUCCGCAAAUUUAACUAUUGUGACAUCGAUGAGUCCACAUUCAAUCUCAGCCACCACAUCAAUAGAGCUUAUAUCGACUACAACGCUUAUUGGACUGUUCGACAGUGAAUCUUUUAAUACAGUAAUUACACUUGAAGCCACGUCAACAUUUGUUGCAGUAUCAAGCACACAAUCCAACAGCUACAGUCGUGCUUAUGCUGAUUCAUCAAUUCUAAGCAGUACACCAUCAAUCAAGGACACACAAACUGUAUCCAGUACACACACUCCGGGGUCUUCACUAGUUCCAACAUCAACUGUUCAUUCACUAAUCUCUGAUACACAAAAUAUUCGUCCGACUAUCACACAAUCUAGUACUUCAUCGGCCGUAGAAAUACCAAAUGUUAGUGCAUCACAAGUGAUUAGCACUGAUGUACUAACUAUGAGUACACAAGGCUUUGAGUUGCCCAGUGCCCAACCCUCAAUUUCUCCAACACUAACUGUUCAUUCACUAAUCUCUGAUACACAAGACAUCCGUACGACUAUCACACAAUCUAGUACUUCAUCAGCCGUAGAAAUACCAAAUGUUAGUGCAUCACAAACAAUGAUUUAUAGUCAAUCUUUGAGCACUGAUGUACUAACAACAAGUACACGGAUCUCCACUCAAACCAGUCAACUCUCAAAUGCUUUGAUUUCAUCAGUUUUCUCCACACCUCUUCUAACUAAGAGUACUCAAAGCAUAGCUACGAUGGCAAUGAGUCAAUCCUUUAGCUUGGUUUCUCCAACAUCAACUCCGUUAAUGAUGCAACCUGUUCUAACGUCGAAUGGAAAAUACUCUAUCACAACUAUACCUACUUUGUACACAACAUUGUCAAGUACGCAUUUGUUUUCCUCGGGUAUGCCAGCUACAACAACCCACAUCACACAAGAACAUUCUAUCACCACCAACGUCCCAACUUCCACUAUAACAGUAGUGCCAGGUCAACUUCAUUGUCUAUCUGAUCAAGAUGAAGUGUGGGGAAUUGAUUGGCCCACCACUGGAACAAACACAUGGAGUUUAAGGAAUUGUUCACAUCAAUCAGGUGGAUCGGAUUCAAUCACAGGACAAGCAAGACGCUAUUGUUCUUUCAGAGGCAUGUGGGACGAACCUGAUGUCAGUAGAUGCCGAAAUAGGGAAUUUACUAACAUUUUAACUCAGGCAUCGGAGUUUGACAGGAAUACGGAACUGGUUGAGCAAGUAACUACAGUGAUAUCUCAGCUUGCUGCUGCAACUAUCUCAAACGGUUCUCUUCUUCUACCUUCCUCUCUUGAUGCUACCAAUAAAGUUCUGAAAUCUGCCAUAGAUGCUCUAGACGAAGUGGAAAACGUCACGAUAAUCCUUUCUGAGUUCCUAGCUGAUGUGCUAAGCCGUGCUUUGGAAAGCACCAACGGUCAGAGCUGGAUGGCUUUGGAAUCUAAUAGUAAGAAUGCAGGCAGCCAGUUACUGUUGAGUAAUAUUGAAAGAGUCGGAGAGCUGCUUGCUCGGGCACAGGGAAACAGUGGAUCGACAAAACCAAUUCAAAUAGUUCGAGCCAACAUUGCAAUUUCAGCGAAACAGUAUGAUGGUUCCUCAAUUGUUGACUCAGAUGAAUUAAUGUUUCCUAAAGAAGAAGACUUUACAUCUGAUUUCCCAGUAAUGCAAGCUCAAAUUCAAAUACCUCCUAACCUUGUGAAAGAAAGACUGAGCCAACAAAGUCCAAAAUAUGGAGCUGUGACUGUGCCAGUGGUGAUGAUGCUCAUUCAGAACAUAGUGUCUUUUCUCCCUUCCACUGCCCCUGGUCUCAACAACACUCGAGGGGCGUCGGCUCUCCUCACCGCUCAAGUUGGGGCACGAGAAAACAAUGAUAUAUCAUCUGAUCCCGUAUCACUUACCUUUGGCGUUGAUAGUAAUGAAAACAUUUCCAGUUAUCACUGUGUAUUCUGGAAUUUUUCAAAUCCAAUUGGAAGUGGUAGCUGGAGCGUUAAAGGACUUGAAACAGAUGGAGUGACUUCAAAGGGGUCAAUGACUACUGUAAGGUGUAGCAGCACCCAUCUCACUAGCUUUGCAGUGCUCGUCAGUGUAGGUACAACAAGGGAGAACACUGCUUUACAAGUUGUCUCCUACAUUGGCUGUAUCAUCUCCAUACUCUGUCUUCUUGUUACAAUCAUUUUCUUCCUGUCACAUAGGAGAGAGCUACUUACUACCAAAAUCCACUACUUCAUUCACUUGAAUCUCUCCCUUUCUCUUCUGUUGGGGUACAUUGUCUUCAUUACGGGUGUUGAAACUGCAAUUGGAAGUAAAGGUGGUUGUGCAUUUGUGGCUGCUGUCUUGCACUACUUGUUCCUGGCAUCUUUCUGUUGGAUGCUUUGUGAAGGGGUGAUGCUCUACCUCAUGUUGGUACUUGUUUUCACUCAGCUGAAAGAUAAAUGGUGGUUUUUCUUGCUUCUUGGUUACUUGCCUCCCUUGGUGAUAGUAGUUGUUAGUGUGGCAAUUCGGUGGGAAGACUAUGGAGUGAAAGAUGACGAAGAAAAUUUAAAAUUUUGCUGGUUGUCGACAAACAAUGGGACAAUUGCGGCCUUUAUAGCUCCAAUGUUGCUGAUAAUUGGGAUCAACAUUGUGUUUAUGGGCUUUGCAUUACGUGUCAUUUGGAAGAGUAAAAAGGGUGUUUUGAAGAGAACAGUGCAAAAUGACAAAGAAAAGAACUCUUCACUGAAAUUAGUGAAAUCACUGCUGAUAGGAGCUGUUGUUUUCCUUCCUCUUCUUGGAAUGACGUGGGUGUUUGGAGUGCUUGCUGUCAACCAGAACACAGCGUUUUUUGCCUGGAUUUUCACUAUACUCAAUUCUCUGCAGGGAGCAUUUUUCUUCUUCUUUCAUGUCAUUAGAACCGAUAAGGUGUUGCAGAAAAUCAAGGCAUUCUUGCAUAUUAAAACGGGUUUGAGUUUUGCUUCCAUGAAAAAUCAAUACACGUUGAGAUCUGGUUCAAGUACCAUUAAAAGUACGCUAUCACGUGCUGGAGAUUCGAGCACCAUUAAAAGUACCCUAUCAUAUGCCGGGACAAUGCAGUUGCAUUGUAAUCCUAGCAACGAGGAUUUAGAGAUGAGUAAUGAUCACGAGAAAGACAUAUAUGGGUCCGAGGAGAAAGUUUCUACUACUUCACUGUCCAACACGUACUCGUAAAAGUCUUGAUUGCUCAAUGAAGCUUUGUAAUACUUUAGAAUGACUUUCACUAAACACAUUAAUUCAUUGCUCUUAAUUAAUUGUAAUUACAAUUCCUAUUAUCCAGUUAUCAGUGGUAUGGUUUUGCGUUAUUUAUUUUCUCUGUAAUAAUUAUUAGAUACAUG